AUGUCUCCAUUCUGUUUUCCAUUCCGUAGCUUCCCUGACCAGUGUUACUGUUUGGAGGGACGUACGCACCAAGAGGACCUGACAAUAAAAGAUCUGAAACCUGUCGAUUACGAUUACUGGCUCCAAGAUGAGAAAGAGAGACUGUAUUGGCAGUUCCAUCAUCUCAAGGAAUCUAGAAAGGAGAAGACCAAUGUAACUGCAACCCAAGGUACACCAACCAGCCACUCUGCCACCACGGAACAAACAACCGCAAUAUUCCACCUUUUCAGUGCACUACCCACAGAGAUACGCCUCAAAAUAUUCUCGUUCAUUUCAGGUGGCUACCAAAGGCCUCGGGUCCAUCGGAUCAAUAAUCGCCCUGACACACCUCUAGAAUUUAUAUCAAACCAAGAUAUGUCGCCACUCUUACACAUUUGCUGCGAGUCACGGAAUGAAUAUCUUAAGCGAAGCGAGUCCGUUUUCGCUUUCGAGACAUAUGUCAACCAUUCCCGCGACAUAUUCUACUUCAUGGAUACAAAUGGCCCUGGCGACUUUCAGCGUUUAGCAAUGUUCUUUAACCAUGAGGAGGCGAAGCUGAUUCAGAAGGUGGCAUUGAGACAAGCGCUGUUCCAGCAUGUCAGCCAUUUGAUACCAGAGAGUAUGAAUGAGGUGGAGGAAGUGAUGAUUGUGUUUGAGGAGUGGAAUGGGUGGGAGGAGAAAUGGGAUGGUGGGGAGGUUAAAUUUGUGAGAAGUGGAAACGGCAAGAAGAAAAAGCCAAUGCAUGAUGGAGAUGAGGUUAGAUCGGAUGUGAAGACCAUGAUUCAAGGGAUAGCUCAUCGCCGACUGCAGAAUGGUGGAUGGUUGACUGUGAACCAGGGAAAGAAGAUACGGCUUUUUGUCGGAAUUGUGGAGAAGUUGUUGUAG